AUGGCUGACAAUGGGAACCCCCAACCCACACAAGCAGAGCUCCUAGCUCAGAUCGCCGAACUCCAGGCAGAGGUGCGGAAGAUAGCUGAACUGUCCGCACAGAACAAUGGAAAGCACGAAGGAGAAAGCUCUAAAAACUCGGCGCAGGGCAAUGCGGAUCCCCUGAACAUCACUCCACCAAAGGAAAAACUCACCCUUGAGAACCCCUUUUCUGACGAGAUGACUAAGUUCCAGAUGCCGAAAAACUUUGUAUUACCUACAGCGCUGGAACUAUACAAGGGGUUCGGUUCAACUUCCUCCUUUGAGGAACUGGCGAGAUCCUUUAUUGACUAUUUCGCUGCAUCGAGAAUUUAUGUCCAUGGAUCAGACUACCUAGGCACAAUCAAGCAAGGCCAACACGAGAGUUUAAAGAACUACAUGACCAGGUUUUCCGAGGCUACUAUGGAGAUCCAAGACUUGGAUCCGGCGGUCCACCUGCAUGCCCUCAAGGCCGGCCUCCGACCAGGCAAAUUCCGGGAAACCAUUGCGAUAACAAAACCAAAAACACUAGAGGAGUUCCGAGAAAGGGCUGCAGGUCAAAUGGAGAUUGAAGAACUCCAUGAGGCCCAAAAGCCGGAUAGACAACCUCAGCGGAGGGAUGAGAAAAAGGCUUUCAGAUCACCAGGCAACAAGGAUACAAAGAGGCCCUUCAAGCUUACACCAAAAUACAACACAUAUACCAGAUUCAAUACCAAGAGAGAAAACAUCAUCAAAGAAAUUCUGAAUGCCAAAAUUGUGAAGCCGCCAGCUCGAGCAGGGAACUACCAAGACCAAAGGUUCGUAGACAGAAGCAAGCAUUGCGCCUUCCACCAGAAGUUCGGCCAUACUACGGACGACUGCAUCGUUGCAAAAGACCUGCUCGAAAGACUGGCACGCCAAGGGCUCUUAGACAAAUAUGUCGAAGGCCGGAAAGCCAGAGGGACAAACUCGGACAGGAACGAGUACAAAUAA